CACAACCUCACGAUCUCACAACUUCAAGCGGUCAUCGAACCCAACCUCCACCCCUGAGACUUCUGGACCCAAAAUAGUAUAUACGUACGUUGGCUGGGGUGAUCGAUAGGCCAACAGAGUCCUCGCUCGACUGGGGCGACCAUGACGUCUCCGUCAACAACAGAUCUAUGCGGCGACGGCUCAUUUGGCCCUUUCGUUACCACGCUCUGCCGCGGAGGAUUUGACUUCACAGUCCUUUACGAAGCGAGCAUUUUUACCAUCGCUCCGGCCGUCUGCUUCCUGCUGUUGACGCCGUUCCGCUUGUUUCAGCUGUUCAGCCAGUCGCCCAAAGUGCUUUCAUCGGCGAUACGCGUGGUGACACUCGUUCUUGCCGUAUCCUUGUUGGCGAUUCAGAUCGCCCUAGUUGGCCUUGUCGCUACACAGCCCACCACGCGGGGCCGCGAGUCACUUGCCGGCGCCAUCCUCGAGCUUGUAGCGGCGCUUGCCGCCGUCAUUCUCAUUGACCUGGAGCACAUCCGCUCCAUUCGGCCUCCAUUCCUUGUUUCUGCCUACCUGUUUGCCACGCUGCUUUUAGACAUUGUACGUGUGCGCACGGCUUGGUUGUCAGACAGUCAAGCCUAUUCAGCCUGCCUUUCUUCGUCUCUCGCCAUCAAGCUGCUCCUCUUGAUUCUGGAGAAUGUCGAGAAGCAAAAAUGGCUGGUACCUAGCCAGAAGGUGAGAUCUGGCGAGAGUCUGAGCGGACCAUUCAGCCGAGGCCUAUUCGUCUGGUUGAAUGGCCUGCUACGACAAGGGUACUCGGGGCCGCUAACCGGCAAUGCAUUGCCUACAAUCCAUGAAAAGCUCUCGUCCCGCGACUUAUCUGCUCAAUUCGCGGGCUCAUGGGCCCGCUCCAACCAGAGCCGCCAGCAUGCGCUGCUUCUAGCUGUUAUCCGCUGUCUACGGUGGGAAAUUGCGGGGGUCGCCUUCCCUCGGCUCUGUGUUGUGGGCUUCAGUAUCGCUCAGCCGUUCCUGGUGGGCAAGGUUGUCACUGUGCUAGAGCAGGGUGACUCGUUCUCACUAUAUGAGGGUUACGGCUUGAUCGGGGCCACCGCCAUUGUAUUCAUUGGAAUUGCUGUGUGUACAGCCUGUUAUCAGCAUUUGGGGUAUCGCGCCACGACGAUGCUCCGUGGUGGUCUUAUGGUUAUCGUCUUUCAGCACAUGAUGGACCUACCGCUAGGCAGUAUCGAUGAGUCCAGUGCCAUGUCCCUCAUGGGUACUGACAUCGAGAUGCUUGCCGAAUACUUCCAGUCAACGGUCUGCGAGAUUUGGGCCAAUAUCCUCCAGCUGGGUCUGGCCACAUGGCUUCUUCAGACUCAGAUGGGUGCUGUUUGUAUUGCACCCAUUGUAGUAGUAAUGAUCUUCACGGCUGCAUCACUCAGCAUGGGCAACGCUGUGUCUGCGCGACAGAAAGCUUGGCUCCAGGCUACCGAGAAACGCAUCAACUUCACCACUGCUGUCCUUGGGUCUAUCAAAAACGUCAAGUUCCUUGGAUUGACCGAGAUCAUGGGAGCUAUGACAAACGCCUUGCGUGUGGACGAGCUCAAGAUCUCCAAGAAAUUCCGUCGAAUACAGACAGUCCUUGUCUGUAUGAUCAAUCUUCCCACUAUUGUUGGGCAGCUCGCAACUUUCACUGGCUAUGCUAUAGUGGCUAGGGUGCAGGGCUCCGGCGGUCUAAAGGUCUCGCAAGCUAUCACAUCGCUCGCGCUGGUCAACCUGUUGGUCACCCCACUCUCUAAUCUCUUGCUAGCGAUUCCGGACACAUUCGCAUCGGUAGGUUGUCUCCAUCGAGUACAGGACUUCCUCAGGCAACCCAAUCGCCUUGAAAAGAGACAAUUCCCCCAGAUUGCACCUGGCCCUUCCCUUUCAUCCGCAAACCUAUCCACUAUCGAGUUAUCUUCCCUUCCACAGCACGUGGCCAGACCUGUUCCAGAAAACCAAACUGAUGUGGUUCUCUCUCUUAACAAUGUCCACUUUGGGUGGAAACCCUAUCUGCUAGAUAAAGCUGGCAUCUCACUUACUGUAAGAUCCUCCCCUUCCGGUAACCUCGUCAUGAUAGUCGGUGCAGUAGGUAGUGGCAAGUCCACCUUUCUUAAAGGUCUUGCGGGAGAGACGCCCGUGCUGGAGGGGAAGCUCUUUAUCCAGUAUCCGGACCUGGCCUUCUGCGAGCAAACAUCAUGGUUGACAAAUACAUCAAUCCGGGAAAACAUUGUCGGUGAAAACUCAUUAUCUGUGUUUGACCCUGAGUGGUACCACACCGUGGUGAGAGCAUGUGGGCUGGAGCCAGAUCUCAAGAGAAUGCCAGCAGGUGAUGAGACGUUUGUCGGUAGCAAGGGUGCCAAACUGAGUGGUGGGCAGAAGCAAAGAAUCGCUAUAGCGCGAGCCGUCUAUGCUCGCAAACGUAUUGCCUGCUUCGAUGAUGUCCUGAGCGGUCUAGAUAAUGCAACAGCCCAGCUAGUGUUUGACAAUGUCUUCGGCCCGGCUGGAUUGUUGCGCCGGCUGGGCUGCACGGCGUUCCUGGCUACCCACAGCGUCCACCGCUUACAACUAGCCGACUUCAUCAUUGUUUUGGGGGACAAUGGCCAGGUCCUUGAACAAGGCAGUUAUCCCCAGCUCCGAAGCCACAUUGGAGGCUAUAUUCACAGGCUAGACAUGCAAUCAGAGCAGAUGGACAAGUUAGCUGGAACGGUUGACAACAGUGUCAGACAACCUGACUCGCUAAACACUACAACGGAUCCUCUGAGUUGCACCGCUACUACUGAUGGUAGUCGGCAGACAAACGAUCUAUCUGUGUACAAGUACUAUUUCUCUAAUUUGGGCGGCCUGCGCGUCUCCAUACUGCUGCUUUUCCUCAUUGUCAAUGCCGGAAUUGGUGGAUUUCGCUACGUUUGGGUCAAUAUUUGGUCCUCUAGCAGUGACAGCGCCACGAACUCACGCUUGGGCUAUUGGAUCGGAGUAUAUGCAGCAUUGGCUGUGAUCGAAGCUAGCACCCUUAUCUUUGCUGUAUUCUGGACCUGGGUCGUCAUUGUCCCCGCUGCGUCUAAGAAUCUACAUUCUAUAGUGCUCCGCGCUUGCAUGUGCGCACCUUUAUCCUUCUUGUCUAACAUCGAGACCGGAGUCCUUGUAACCCGCUUCAGCCAAGAUAUGAGACUGGUCGACAUGAUUCUGCCCCGCGGCUUUAUAUCAACAGGGUUCCAGCUUUUCGGGGCUCUUGCCCAAGGCGCUGUCGCCAUAGCUUCGCUUCCCUACAUAGCAGCGGUCCUACCAAUUCUCACUGGGGUGCUGGUCCUGGUCCAGCGGUUCUACCUGCGCACAUCUCGCCAGCUGCGGUUAUUGGAGAUUGAGCUCAAGAGCCCUCUCUAUACCCACUUCAUUGAAUCACUGGCCGGAGUGAAUACCAUCCGCGCCUUCUCAUGGACCCACGCCUCCACGUCCCGAAUGAUCUCCUUGCUUGAUACGGCCCAGAAACCUUUCUAUCUCUUACUGAGCAUCCAACGCUGGCUUAGCUUGGUACUUAACCUAAUCGUUGCCACUCUGACAGUGCUCAUUGUUGGAGUAGCCAUCGCUCUCCGCAAACAGGUCGACCCAGGCCUAUUGGGUAUUGCCCUUGUCAUGAUGAUUGAUCUGGGUCAGAUCCUGUCUGAGCUGAUUCAGAACUGGACACUACUUGAGACGUCACUGGGGGCGAUUAUGCGCAUCAAGGAAUUUGCCGAAGACACACCCAGUGAGGAGAGAAACCCGACCGUUCAGGUUCAGGAUCCAUUCCCGGAAUGGCCCCGUCAUGGGGAAAUUGAGUUUAUAGAUACAAGCAUCGCAUACAAUUGUUCAGAGGGAACCAAGCCCGUACUGAAUGGCAUUCGCCUUCACCUUGGUGCUGGUGAAAAGAUUGGGCUGUGUGGGAAGUCUGGAAGUGGUAAAAGCUCCCUUGCACUAUCUCUCCUCCGCCUCAGCGAGAUACAAUCAGGGCGGAUCCUCAUUGACGGACAGGAUAUCUCCCUCAUAUCCCGAACCUCGAUCCGACAGCGCAUCGGCUGUCUCAGUCAAGAGCCAUUUCUCUUCCCAGGAACUAUCCGGCAGAACGCCGACCCGCUGGAUAUUCUUGCAAGCCAGGACAUCAUCAGUGCGCUGCGGUGCGUUGGAGUCUGGAAUGCUCUCCUGGCCCACCACGAUGGUCAUGGUGAGACAGUGUUAGAUGCCAAACUCAACGAGAGCGCCUUAUCCCAAGGCCAGAAGCAGCUAUUUUGUUUAGCGCGGGCGCUGUUGAAGAAGAGUAAGAUUCUCAUUCUCGAUGAGCCAACUAGCAGCCUGGACGCCGACACCGACGCAAAAGUACAAAAGAUCAUCCGAGAAUCAUUCGAGGAUUGCACUGUGAUUAUGGUGGCCCACCGGAUCCAUACUUUGUUGGACUUUGACCAGGUUGCUGUCCUGGAUAGUGGUCGGAUUGUCGAAGCGGGUCGUCCGCGCGAGUUGCUGAGCAGACCGGAUGGAGCAUUUGCGACGCUGUUGGCAUUGGAGUCAUGAGCUAUAUAUGUACAUAGAUCGGCCCUGCCGGCUGUGGUGGCUGUUUGCGAGAUGAUAAAUUCGGAGCGGUAGUAUUGAGAUACAUUCAUUAGUCAAGCGCAAGUAGAUGCAUUUAGUCGGUGGCUAGGAAGGCGGGGUUCGAGAGUUAUCGAUUGCACUGAAUAGGCUCGGACCUAUAAUUCUUUGUGUCGUGCAAAGCAAUAUAUCCUACCAGCCAAUCUAGAAAUUGCUUCUAGAAGCAUUGCGUCAGGCACACAUUACGCGAACACAGUAAGCCUAUACCAGAGACUUCAAAACUGCAUCGCGCAGUGUCGAUUUUGUAUAUUGCCCAGCCUUCAAUCUGGCAAGGUCUGCCUCAGAGUGAUCUAACCUCUUCACCCUGUUCACAAGUGAAAGGGCUAAAGCACGGAAGUAUUGUUUAUCCUAGUUCAUUAAGAA